UCUCCUCUCAUCUUUUUUUUCCCUUCUACUUUUUUCUGUCAUACCAAACAAGAUGCAAAAUUUCUUCUCCCCACAAAGAAGGUGGAAUGAAAACUCCAUGAUCAAACCAUGCAUGCACGUAUUGUAGAGAAAGAAAACACAAGAGAUAAAGACAUCAAAUCUAUACAUGGCAACUUCACCAACAAAGAAAACCUUAACAUCCCAAACAUCAUCUGCAAACCGUCCUCCUCAGCAGAACUUAAAAUUUGCUCGCCGGACAUCCAGUGGCCGCAUCGUUAGUCUUUCCCGAGAUGACGACCUCGACAUGUCCGGCGAGUUCUCUGGCCAAAAUGACUACAUCAAUUACACCGUCAUGAUGCCACCGACACCUGAUAACCAGCCUGGAGGUACCGGGUCGUCGUCGGACUCGAAGACAGAUGUAACGGGGCCAUAUGGCAUGUCGAGGUUCCGGUCCGAGUCACAAGACAUGGAUAGGAAGCCAAAUGGUGAAGGAGUUGGUCAUGGAGGAGCAAAAAUGGAUAGAAGAAUAUCAGUGAUGAAAUCAUCAAACAACAAAUCAAUGUUGUUGAGGAGCCAAACUGCAGAUUUUGAUCACAACCGUUGGUUGUUCGAGACUAAAGGGAAAUAUGGCAUUGGAAAUGCAUUUUGGUCACAGGAUGAGGAUAGCUAUGGAGAUGGUGGAAUGAGCAUGCAAGAUUUCAUGGACAAGCCAUGGAAACCGCUCACAAGGAAGCUUUCAGUUCCUGGAGGUGUUCUUAGCCCUUACAGGGUAUUGGUGGUUUUCCGAUUGAUAGUAUUGGCUUUUUUCCUAGCUUGGCGAGUACGAAAUCCAAAUGAAGAUGCAUACUGGCUAUGGGGGAUGUCCACUGUUUGUGAAAUUUGGUUUGCUUUCUCUUGGAUUCUAGACGUGCUCCCUAAGCUCAAUCCUAUCAAUCGUUCCACUGACCUUGCCGCCCUCCAUGAGAAGUUCGACCGGCCUUCAGCAUCCAAUCCCAAUGGCCGGUCAGACCUUCCCGGUGUUGAUGUCUUUGUCUCAACUGCUGAUCCUGAAAAGGAACCACCUCUUGUCACUGCAAACACUAUCCUCUCCAUCCUUGCAGUUGAUUACCCCGUCGAGAAGCUUUCAUGCUACAUUUCGGAUGACGGUGGUGCAAUUCUAACCUUUGAGGCCAUGGCUGAGGCUGUUAAUUUUGCACAGGUUUGGGUACCCUUCUGUAGAAAGCACAGCAUACAACCUAGGAACCCAGAUAGUUAUUUCAAUUCCAAAAUUGAUCCUACGAAGAACAAGAAACGGCCUGAUUUCGUUAAGGAUCGUCGUUGGAUCAAGAGAGAGUAUGAUGAGUUUAAGGUGAGGAUCAAUGGUCUACCAGAAGCAAUACGUAAAAGGAGUGAAUCAUAUAACUCAAAGGAGGAGGGUAAGGAGAAGAAGCUUGCCAAAGACCAAAACGUUGGUGUGCUAUCCCAAGAGCCAACCAAGGUCACCAAGGCAACUUGGAUGGCUGAUGGGACUCAUUGGCCUGGAACUUGGCUCAACACCACCGCUGAUCAUGCCAAGGGAGACCAUGCUGGAAUCUUGCAGGUAAUGACCAAGGUUCCAGAAAUGGACCCUGUAAUGGGUCAUGCAGAUGAAAAGCAGUUGGACUUCACAGGGGUGGAUAUUCGGCUGCCAAUGUUUGCAUAUGUAUCUAGGGAAAAAAGACCUGGUUAUGACCAUAACAAGAAGGCAGGUGCCAUGAACGCCAUGGUCCGAGCUUCAGCAAUUCUCUCAAAUGGACCAUUCAUACUCAAUCUUGAUUGUGACCAUUAUAUCUAUAACUCUCUUGCUAUAAGGGAAGGAAUGUGCUUCAUGAUGGACAGAGGUGGUGACAGGAUAUGCUACAUUCAAUUCCCACAAAGAUUUGAAGGGAUUGAUCCGUCUGAUCGCUAUGCAAAUCAUAACACUGUCUUCUUCGAUGGAAAUAUGAGAGCGCUGGAUGGUCUCCAAGGACCAGUGUAUGUUGGAACAGGAUGCAUGUUCCGGCGGUAUGCACUCUAUGGGUUCAACCCACCGAGGGCACGCGAAUAUUUAGGAGUGUUUGGACAGACCAAAAGAACGGCUACAAAUCCUAAUCGGUCACGGUCCCCGUCUGAUCAGGAAGAUGAUGCAGAGUCACAACCUUUAACGGCUGAUCACCCUGACUUGUCCCUCCCAAAGAAAUUUGGAAACUCAACUUUGUUCACCGAGUCCAUAGCUAUAGCAGAGUAUCAAGGACGGCCACUCGCCGAUCACAGUUCUGUGAAGAACGGCCGUCCACCGGGCGCUCUGCUCUUGCCUCGUCCUCCACUGGAUGCUCCCACUGUUGCUGAGGCUGUUGCCGUCAUCUCCUGCUGGUACGAAGACAAGACAGAAUGGGGAGACAGAAUAGGAUGGAUAUACGGAUCAGUGACGGAAGACGUGGUUACAGGAUACAGAAUGCACAACAGAGGAUGGAGAUCAGUCUACUGCAUCACAAAGCCAGACGCCUUCCGAGGAACAGCUCCAAUCAACCUCACAGAUCGUCUCCACCAGGUUCUUCGAUGGGCAACAGGCUCUGUAGAAAUCUUCUUCUCAAGAAACAAUGCAUUGCUCGCAACUCGCCGUCUCAAAUUCCUCCAGCGAGUUGCCUACCUCAACGUCGGAAUCUACCCCUUCACUUCCAUCUUCCUAGUUGUCUACUGUUUCCUCCCUGCGUUCUCACUCUUCUCAGGCCAAUUCAUUGUCCAAGGUCUCAACAUUGAAUUCCUCUCCUACCUCCUCACCAUUACACUAUGCUUAACACUCCUUUCCCUCCUUGAAGUCAAAUGGUCAGGAAUAGGAUUGGAAGAAUGGUGGAGAAACGAACAGUUCUGGGUGAUUGGUGGCACAAGUGCUCAUCUGGCAGCAGUCAUACAAGGUUUGCUCAAAGUGGUUGCUGGGAUAGAAAUCUCUUUCACUUUGACAUCCAAAUCGGCCGGUGAAGAUGAUGAUGAUAUUUAUGCAGACCUUUACAUGGUGAAAUGGACGAGCUUGUUCAUAAUGCCAUUGACCAUCAUAACGGUGAAUAUGGUGGCAAUUGUGAUUGGAAUGUCGAGGACAGUUUACAGUGUGAUACCACAGUGGAGCAAACUUCUUGGUGGGUUGUUCUUCAGCUUGUGGGUUUUGACUCAUAUGUAUCCUUUUGCUAAAGGAUUGAUGGGGAGGAGAGGAAGAGUUCCUACAAUAGUUUAUGUAUGGGCUGGUUUGGUUUCCAUUACUGUUUCUUUGAUUUGGAUUUCCGUUAAUCCUCCUGAUGAUACUUCUCGAGCUGGUGGUGGCAACGUUGAUAUAUAGGAAAUAUGGGAGGGAAACAAAUAUAGAAAAAGGAAAAUAUACUUUAGGUUUUUCUUUUUUUUUUCUUUUUUUUUUUUUUUUUUAAAUCUUCUAAUUUUGAUUUUUUGGUUAUGAAAAGAAUGUACAAAAGAAACUGGGUUUUGUUACCCUAGCAAACAUAUAAAUGGUUUUAUUCUUUUUUAGACUGUAAAUUUUCCAAAUAUAAAGUACUUAUUUCCCUGCAUUAUUAUUUUUUUUUUCAUUUUUUUUUCUUUAGCCUAAAAGUUAAAUAAAAUUGAAUUAGUUAUAGUA